UUGUCUUGAGAAACAAAUGCCGCCUGGGAAAUCCAAAUACAAAAUUGCUGAGUGGCACGAUCAAAUAAUCAAGUGUUUCGAAACCGCUGGUGACUUAACACUGGUCUAUUUGCAAGAGCAAGAUAAGAUGACAAUUCAAAUGCAGAAUGGCACAUCGACUAUAAGUAGUACUAAUAACAUUGGGUCAUACUCACCUCAACCCGUAAAUACCAUGAAAAACGUUGGAUCAAUCCUGGAAACUGCACUGCAAAGGGCUCCUUUCCUACACCUUCAGGCUGGCAAAGCACAACCAGCUAUCGAUCGUUACAGGUAUUAGGAUCGAGACACGUGGUAACGUAUCGGUCAAAAAGACGUUUUUUUUUUGCUCUGACUGCACAAUCCUGGCCGAACGCUGCCGUGCAUCUAUACACGAAAUAACCAUCCCCUCCUCUACCUCCGAAUCAUAUCCAUUAAAUAAAAUGCGAUUAAAAAAUUUGAAAUUGUAAAUUCGGAGACUUUACAAUUGAUUUUGUUAGGGGGCUGCAAGACGAGAAUUUUGAAAUAAAAAGUUAAUCGGACUAGUAGUUUGGGAGAUAUUGAGCAAAACAGUUUUUCACAAAAAGUUUAAUAUCUUCUAAACCAUUUAUCCGAUUUCGCCUAUGUACAAUUCCAUCCUGUGAUAUCAUAAAAGCUCGGAAUUUCACGGAAUUUCAAUGUCGUAUCUCAAUUUUUUCGAGAGCCCUCGGGCACAGAACAAUUUCUUCAUGAAAGCGAAAAUGCCGAUUAUUGCUAAACUGUCUCUAGUUGCAUAGCAAUACCAUGAUUCGAUUUGAUAGAUAUUAUCACAAGUAACAUUUUGACGUGUUUGAAAC